AUGGUUGUCUGCAAUAAACACGAUGUGGAAACUGUUCUAGUAGAGAGCGAUCAAGAAGACCACGGCGACAGUGACGACGUCGAUGGCGUCAGUGGCGAGGACAUCGAAGGGGAAAUAUCUAAAGAAGAUGACGAAGAAUCGAUGGAGGGUCAUGCAACGAAACCUAGCAUCACUGAAGAGCAGAUAGUGCGCUUAACAGCAGAGACAUAUAUGAAAUUGAAGAUUGAGUGUCUUGCCCAAGUUGUCAAGUUUCCGUUUUCCGCGCCCAAAUGUGCAGGAAAGUUAUUCCCUGGCAGGAAAUCUCAGGAGGUCUUAGCUGGCCUAAGGGAAGACCUUCAGCGUGCAGAGAGCACAUUCAUCAACAAAGAGGCCGAGCUUAUGAACGAAGAUGAGCUCAAGGCUGAGAUGGAAUUGAUUGAAGAUGUCCUCAAUAAAGAUUUGAAUCAAGCGAGUGAAAAGAUCGAUGAUGAUGACGACGGCGACGAUGAUGAUACGAUCGGUUAGUGAAUGGUUUAGUUUCAUUAUUUUCGAAAUAAACGUUCUUGCAAUGCAUCAAGGGGCGGCCAUGGGGUAGGCCCGAGUGAGAGAGAGGGGGGGAGGGGAGGGGGUGACCACCUCCUUUGACAUUUCAAUCAAUA